AUGCCUUCCAGAAUCGAAAUAGUCGCAUGGAAGGAUGAUGCCCAGCGAACCCUUGAAAGGGCACAGGUUCUCUCGUCUAGGGCGAAUGAUAAUCUCCAAGAAUCCACACGUAUCUUAACCAAACAGCUACCUAGCAAAUUGAAUGAGGUAACUGCUCAGGUAGGCAUUGCAAAGAAGGCACACACUCAAUUGCUGGUACAGGUAAAUGAUAUCGAGCGAAUUGCCACCAAAUUGACUGCCAGCCACCAAGCCUUGAUCGACAAAGAAAUGAAGCCUGCUCUACUGCGGCUUAACAAAGUCCUAAAAGAAUUAGAGCAAGUGGAAGUUCCGGAAUUUCUCAUACCGAGCGAAAGCGGUACAACACAUCAUUUGAGUGACUUCGUCUCAUGGUCUGAGCUAGAUCAGCUUCGACACAAUAUACAGAUAUACGAAGAGAAUUGUGAGAAAGUGUCGAAAUUCUUGUUAGCACAGGUAUCCGAGAUUGGUGACAAAUUCCGCUCUGGCAGCGGGAAAUUUACCCACACUAUGAAAUUGUAUGAUUCCAAAGUCGCUGAAGUGAAGGUCCUAAUGAAUGAGGCUGUAGGCAAGUCUCCUCCAAAAAACAUUUCGAACAUACUUCUAUCUUUAUUAAAAGAAAAUACGUCUUUGGAAAAUGAGUUGGCCAGUGUCUUGAAAAUGCUAACGAAUCAUUUUGACCAAUGUACCCUCGCAGCACAAUGGAACACCGCCACAGAUGAGGAAAGCCUUCAAGUAUUGCAAGAAGACAGCAUGGAGCUACCUUCGGUACUCAAGGAAAUUGAGGCGAUUCAUGAUAUCAUCGAGAAUAAUUUAAGCAGAGCCAAUCAGUUCAUGGAACUGAAAAUGCCUGCACUAGAACAAGUCUUGAAUCAAUGCGAGAAAUGGGGCCAUUGGUAUUCAAAGUUUACGAACGAAGAUAUUAUCAGUUUUUUGCUUUUGUAUCUCAAGUGUUCAGAGUUGUAUGACCAGAGCUCCCUUAGCAAAGACACUGAAGAGGAUUCAGCUCUAGCAUCCCGCAAGAAAUCACCAGUCAUUGAAUACACCGAAAUACUAGAACAACUACAUCACCACUAUGAGAAAUUCAGGUCCGUUUAUCAGAAGAACUAUCUCACUGAGUUACACCAUGAACAGUUUGUGUAUCCCCGUCAGUACUUGAAGCAACUUGAUGAAUACCUCAACGUCGAACUCUUGAAGCUCGAUAGAAGCGAAAAAGAAAGAAGAAGAAACUGGCUACAAAAGUAUGGUGAGUACAUCCCACGGCAAUUCUUCUUGCCUGGCGAGUUCAAUCAGCCACAAGUAAUUCAGGUUCUUAGUGAAGGAUUGGAUGAUGUCGACUCUGAGGCCACAAUAGAGAGUGAAGCGAAGCUUUUAGAGCUCAUAAAAAAAUUGAGGGCCUGA